AAAGAAAAUGCGAUAAUGAUGAAUUCUGACUGUGUUGUGAAUAUUCAAGAUUUUGAAGAUAGGUUGGAUUACAGCUGGAUAACAGGGAACUACAAUAGUUAUUUAGCGGUUGCAAACACUUCAACAACAGUUCAAACCGUUCACGACCAAGUAGCAUCAGUUGAAUUAAGUAACAACCAACCCGAAUCAGUUUUUUCAACGUCCAUUUCAUCUGAAAACAGCCAAGAGACAUGCAGCCCUUCAACAACAAUUAAGUCUGUUAACGACCAAACAACAGCAAAUUUAACAACAACAACCCAACUGUCAAGGUUACCGCCGACCCCUAGUGUUUCUGCAAUUCUAAGUGUGACGGGACCGGUGGACGUUGAAACAUUUAAUAAAGGGUUUAAAGCCCAGGCCAGACCACGGCCUAACAAGAUUCACCAUGUUCUCCGAUUAAUUGAGAAAAAGAAGAAAUCCACGAGACGGUUGUACAGAACAACAAGACAGUACAGUACACAGAUUCUAGAAAUUGGAAGGAUUUUAAAAAUGAAAUACAGCUUUACUCCGUCCUAUAUAGACAUGACAAGUGACGUGCUGUCUGAUAAUGACGACCUUCUCCAUCAACUCUCAGCCGAGCUUGGGCUUCCGUCCUUCAUGGAUACCGAUAUUAACCAGGAUCUGGAUCCAAUGUGUGAACUCCAGAGCGGAUUAUUAGAAGAAGAAAUAUUACAAGAUCUUAAUUCAUUCCAGGAUACACACAUCUUUCCAGACAUAAGCUCUAGUGAGAGUGGGUAUGGAGAGAGUGUAAAAUCUGAACCUCAUUCUCCGUUCUCAGAUCGGUUUCCACCUUCUCCUGUUGGGUCAGAACACAGUGAUGGCAGUAGGAGAAGCACUCCACCCCUUUCUCCCCAGAUCUCUCUGUGUUAUCCUCCCUCCCCCCAGCAAUCCAGUUCAAACAACCAACUUAUAUUACAACAGGAUUUCUGGUCGGCCCAGGCCAAUAAACUGGGGAAAGUUGCAAUCCCUAAAAUCAAGAAACCCCAACCUCCACCUCAACAACAACAACAAGGUGGUGCUAUUGUACUGCAGCUUGGAUCAGAUGGUUUAUACUAUGCAUCACAAUCCCCUCUCAUAGUUAAAUCUGAGAGCAGUAUAUCUGGAAAUGGUGUCCUGCAAGGAUCCUUCUCUAGCCCCCUUAUAUCUGGUUCUACCACAGUCUCCACAGUCAGAGAUACUGAAGAGCUGCGUAAUUUGAAGCGUCAGCAGCGUAUGAUAAAGAACAGAGAGUCCGCCUGUAUCAGCAGGAAGAAGAAGAAAGAGUACCUUACUCUCCUGGAGACACAGAUCAAGACUCUUACAGAGGUAGAUAGAUAGUUAGACUGAUUGAUU